AUGGCCAAAGCUCCCAAACACCAGCAAGAACGUCGAAGCAAGCAUUCGUCCAGUAAAUCGCGAUCGAACAAUUAUGCAUCAUCCAUCAGAAGCAUCUCCGAGUCAAAGACCUGGUUGAUCGGCUUCAGCUUUGCUGUGAUCGCCAUUCUAUUUUCUCAAGAGAUUUCCGAUUACAUUCACGCCAACGAUGAAAACCAUCUUCUCAAGCAGUACUCAUCACAACGUGCUCCCAACGUAUCGGCCUGGAAAGUCGUUCCGAUGCUCAACAGAGGAGGGGGCUAUGGCAUCAUCGCAACAAGAGUUAUCCUUCCAGGAGAAUUGAUCAUGAAGGAAGCUCCAUUGGUCAAGAUCAAACUGGGACCAACCACGCUUGGAAGAGCAAAUCGUAAGGUCGAGCGAGCUGUUCAAGAACUCAGUGGAGAAGAUCGUAAUCGCUUCUUGGCUUUAUCCAACAUCUGGGAGGAUCGAAGUGAAAGUGGUUUGGACAAGUAUGGAGGGAUCUUUCAAACAAAUAGUAUAAGUUCAGGUCGCGGUUACAUGUCCAUCUUCCCUUCGGUCGCUCGUAUCAAUCAUGCAUGUAUCGGGGCUGUCAAUGCGAUCUACAGCUGGAGAGAAAACGAAGGACGAGAGGUGGUCCAUGUGACAAAAGUGAUCCAACCAGGAGAAGAAAUCUUUGUCACCUACUUUGACUCCAAAUUACCCCGCAAUGACAGACAAUCGUUCCUACACCAAUCGUAUGGAUUUAAUUGUACAUGCAAGACUUGCUCACUUGAUUCACAUCGAGUACAGGAAUCAGAUCAUCGAAUCACGCAGAUUAACUCUUUGAAAGCCACUCUGAGUGCAUGGAGUGCUGGAUCUAUUGGAGGCACAGAGGCAGUUGAUUUGGUCGAGACAGCAAUUGAUUUGAUGACUCAGGAAGGCAUGACAUAUGAAUUCGGUCAACUGUACGCCGAUGCUGCCCAUGUUGCGGUGUCACAUUCGGAUUUCCAAAAUGCUCGACGAUAUGCCUCGCUUGCCGCCAAGCACUUCAGUAUCGAAUUAGGACCAGACAGUGUUGAGGUAGCUGUCGCAAAUCGCAUAUUCAAGAAUCCGACUUCGUCGAACGUCUGGGCAACUCGCCUCCAGGAAACUGUUCGCAAAUGA